AUGUCACGCAGGAGUUGGACCUCACUACCGUUCUCCGUUCAGUGGCGCUCUGCUUUAGUCAAAUUGCCUCGAUUCGUUCCAACCCAAGUCUUAAAUUUCACCAACCCAGAAGGCCCAUAUCCGGUAAUACUGAAUCUCACAGGAAGGGAUGGAAAACAUAAAAUCCCACUCUAUGUCUUUAUUCCCCCUAGCCUCACACAUCCUCCAGACGGUUCUUGGGAGCCUGCUCCCAUUGUGCUGGACUUCCAUGGCGGUGGGUUUUUCCUCGGAGGCUGUUUAGAACAGGCGCCUUUCUGUGCUCUCAUGGCUCGCAGGCUUGGUGCGAUCGUGAUCAGCGUGGAUUACCGGAUGGCACCGGCGGAUCCCUUCCCAGCCGCAUUGGAAGACGCCGAGGACGUACUUCGUGCGAUUUUCGACAGCACAAGUGAUUCUGGGAAGCAGCUGAGGUCGGGGAUCUUGGCCAAUCUAUACGGUCCCGUCAAGAAUGCCAAAGAGGAGGGCGAUGAGCGUGAUCUUCUUGACACAGAUCGGGUCGCAAUCUCCGGUUUCAGUUCAGGGGCGAAUAUUGCACUGAAUCUUGGAAUGCAUAUUCCGGAAACUCUUCUUAAACCCUUCGAGCAUAUCAUGGGGACGCCAACCUCAAAAUCCGGCUGGCCAUCACCUAUUCCCCAUUAUCCACAGCGGCGACCAGUGGCCCUGUUGAUAUUUUAUGCUCCCUUCGACUUGCGACUUCUACCUUCCGAGAGACCUCCAGCUCCAGCCCCUAAUGCCCCCAACGUAUCUGAAGCUCCCCCGAAUUGGUGGAAUUCGAUGAAUAUCGGCGAUCUUCUAGCGGAGACAUACGUUUCGAGAGAACUCUCCGCCCAUCCUCGAGCAUCCCCGGGACUUUUAGAUCCAAAUCAUGAAGUUGAAGUGGAAAUGGACCUAUAUCCCCCAUUGAAGGCCGAAGAAAGUGAAACGCUCAACACGCCCGACCGGAAAAUGACAACGAAAUCUACAGCACUUCAUCCAUUCACAAGAAUAUUACUGGUGCUCCCCGCGAUAGACAAUCUUACUGUUCAAGGAGAAGAAUGGGCCUCCAAAGUCGACAAGGCCGGACGAGGAGCGCAACUCAGCGUGCGGAGAGUUGAGGGGGUUCGGCAUGGUUGGACCCAGAUGCCGGAUGGAUGGCUCAAGGAAAGCGAACGUCAAUCGAAAUGGGCAGUCUUCGAGGAUGCCGUUCAAUUUUCCCAGCAAGUCUGGAACAGAGAGGAGUCUGGCACGGAGCGGCCGUCCCAGGCAGAGGUCAAUGAAGAUCGGCGACAGUCGGCACAAGUGCAAAUGAGCCAGUGA